CUCUCUCUCUCUCCUCUUUCUCUCUCUACACUUAGUUUCAGAUGGAGAAGAAAAGAGCAGUAAAGGAAGAGUCUUUCCUUCAGCACCCUGUCCUUUUUCUCCUUGUUCUGGGCUUGGGCUUUAUACUAGUCGACCCAUUUAAAAUGGGCCCAGUUGGAGGCCACGAUUUCAGGCCCGUCAAGCAUGAUAUUGCACCUUACAGCCAGGUAAUGGGCCAUUGGCCCAAGGACAAUCAGAGCCGUUUGGGCCUUGGAAAUUUGGAAUUCGAAGAUCAGGUUUUUGGGCCUGAAUCCUUGGAGUUUGAUGCUUUGGGCCGUGGGCCUUACACUGGGCUUGCUGAUGGCCGCAUUGUUAGAUGGAUGGGUGAGGAAGUUGGAUGGGAGACUUUUGCAAUUGUCACAACAAAAUGGUCAGAGAAGGAAUGUGCACAAGGGGUUGAUUCAACCACAGCCAAACAAUGGAAGAAUGAGAAGAAAUGUGGAAGGCCACUUGGCCUAAGAUUUGAGAAACAAACAGGGAAUUUGUACAUUGCUGAUGCAUAUUAUGGGCUUCUUAUGGUUGGCCCUCAAGGGGGCAUUGCCACUCCCUUGGCUACCCAUGUUGAUGGCACUCCCAUUCUCUUUGCCAAUGAUCUUGAUAUCCAUAACAAUGGCUCCAUCUUCUUCACCGACACGAGCAAGAGAUAUAAUCGAGUUGAUCAUUUCUUCAUCUUGUUGGAAGGAGAAGCUUCGGGUAGGCUUUUGAGAUAUGAUCCUCCUACUAAAACAACUCAUGUCGUGUUGAAUGGCUUGGCCUUUCCGAAUGGUGUGCAAUUGUCUAAAGAUCAUAGCUUCCUUCUUUAUACUGAAACUACUAAUUGCAGAUUAAUGAAGGUGUGGCUAGGGGGAUCAAGAAAUGGAAAAGUAGAGGUAGUAGCAAAUCUUCCAGGGUUUCCAGACAACGUAAGAAGAAACGAAAGAAACGAGUAUUGGGUAGCCAUAGAUUGCUGUAGAACAAAAGCACAAGAGAUACUGACACACAAUCCAUGGAUAAGGAGUAUCUAUUUCAGGCUGCCAUUGAGAAUGAGCUUGCUGGCCAGGCUUAUGGGCAUGAAAAUGUACACUGUCAUCUCUCUUUUUAGUGAACAUGGAGAGCUUUUAGAUGUUCUUGAGGAUCAAAAGGGUGAAGUUAUGAAGCUGAUGAGUGAAGUUAGAGAAGUUCAUGGGAAGCUUUGGAUUGGAACUGUGGCUCAUAACCAUAUUGCUACCUUGACUUACCCUUUACAAAUUAACAACCACCACAAUGCUUAAUUUUAUUUCUCUUUUGUUUGGUGUUGUGAAACGUUCACGAACGUAUAAGAUCGUUAUGAGGUUGAAUGAUUGUUUAAUUAUAUAUGCGUGAGUGAAAUGACUGACCUGUUUUCAUCUUAAGAUUUUAGAUCGGAAAUUGAAAUCAUGAAUUGACACUGUUU